AUGGUCGAGAAAAUUGACACCGACGAGGAUGCCCAGUUGGACGCCGAGGAAUUCGGUGCCCUGUAUGCGGUGGUGAUGGCAGUGGACGGAGGCGAUGAGGGGGAUGACGGUGAAGAGGACGUGCGGGCGGCGUUUAGGUUACCGGAGUAUGAUCGUCAGGGUCGACUUAGGUGGCGAUGGGAGGGUCAACUUCGGCAACUUCCAGAAAAUGAUGAAGUGCGGUCGGUUCGUCAGGGCGACUCGAGGGCCUUCGCAAGCUGCGUUGGCUAUUUUGCGUGUGGGUUUGAGGGCCGGGUGCACGUGAUGGGCUGGCAGUUGAGCUUCACGAUUGGAAACUCGCAGUCAGUGGAUGUGUAA